AUGUUUAACAAUAACACAGAUCAUACAACAAAAAGGAAUCAUGUUAUUGACUUGGAGCCCAUCGUGGUCCCCCUGAGGCCGUUGGAAAACUUGACGGCUCCCGCCAUUAUGGACACUAUUCAGAACGUCUUAAACAGCCACCAAAAAUUGAAGGUAGAUUCCAGUUUUUACAUGGACAUUGGUAUCAUUGCUCUGCCGAAAGGCGGGGGUAAAGUGUACAUAAAUCAACUGACGGGCGAGAACAAUUCCCUCAAGAGGAAACAGUCCAUCAUACAAAUAGUGAACGACGACAACAUGUGCAUGGCGCGCGCCAUUGCUGUGACGUGGGGGGAGGAUCAUUUCCAUGCCGUCGUGACCAUUACUGGAUUUUUCUCUUCAUCUUAUUUCUGUAAACUGUGCCUCAAACCCUACACCGACAAAAACCGCCAUUUUUGCGGCAAGCCCUGUCUCGUGUGCAAGAGACUCGGGGAAUGUCCCAAGACGGACCAGUCUAUUCCGUGCCCGGAGUGUAACAUGACCUGUCGCUCGAUGGCUUGCUACGAAGCACAUCGAGACACGGACGAAGGCAAAAAGCAGAGCCAGUGUCAAAGGUACUGGAGGUGUCUCACAUGUUACCGGGUCGUAAAUCGGCAUGGUCGAGACCUGAAAAAACAACCUCACGUGUGCGGAGAAUGGCACUGUAAGCAAUGUAACGAAACAGUAGAAGAAAGCCAUUUAUGCUACAUGAGAGCAUUACCACCCGCCGAGACCCGCUGGCAAAAGUUAAUAUUUUUUGAUUUCGAAUGCAGUCAAAAUGAAAGGUAUGCAUCUCGCUAUUAA